GGACCGGACACAUGCCAUGCUUUCAUAUCCCCUCGCCUGCUCACAGUCACCGCAGUCCCAUCGGAUUAUUUUACCAUCCGCAUCGCGAAAGGAAUUUUCUUUCCUGGAAAUUUUGGAAAUUUAUUAAACAUCUUGAAAAAUGGCCUCCGCCCUGGCCCGUCCCCUUGUGACGAUCUUGGACGAGAAGAACGUUCCAAGUGGGUCAAUUCCAAUGCCGGCCGUUUUCAAGGCACCCAUCCGACCCGACAUUGUCAAUUUUGUUCAUCAAAAUAUGAGCAAGAAUUCUAGACAACCGUACGCCGUCAAUGUGGAUGCUGGACACCAAACAUCUGCUGAAUCAUGGGGAACUGGUCGUGCUGUUGCUCGUAUUCCGCGUGUUCGCGGUGGUGGAACUCACCGUUCGGGUCAAGGAGCGUUCGGAAACAUGUGUCGUGGUGGUCGAAUGUUUGCUCCGAAUAAAACCUAUCGUCGAUGGCAUCGAAAGAUCAACGUGAACCAGAAGAGGUACGCCGUCUGCUCAGCUAUUGCUGCCAGUGGGGUCCCAAGUCUGGUCAUGUCCAAGGGUCACGUGAUUGGAGAAACUGCCGAGUUCCCAAUGGUCGUCAGCGACAAGGUUCAAGAAUAUGACAAAACCAAACAAGCCGUCAUUUUCUUGAGACGUUUGAAAAUCUGGAAUGAUGUCGCGAAGGUCUACAAAUCACGAAGGAAUCGUGCUGGUGUUGGUAAGAUGAGGAAUCGUCGUCGUGUCCAAAGGAAGGGACCACUCAUCGUCUACUCGAAAGAUCAGGGCCUGUCCCGCGCUUUCCGUAACAUCCCAGGCGUUGAAACUCUUGACGUUAACAAGUUGAACUUGUUGAAACUUGCUCCUGGAGGUCACGUUGGUCGCUUUGUUAUCUGGACGGAAUCUGCGUUCAAGGAGUUGGACAAAUUGUACGGAACUUGGCGCAAGGGUUCGGAAUCCAAGAAGGGAUACAAUCUUCCCAUGCCAAAAAUGGCUUCCACCGACUUGUCGAGACUUUUAAGAUCGGAUGAAAUUCAAGGAGUUAUCAGGGCGCCAAUUAAAUCCCGCACCCUGUCCAAGACCAAGCUGAACCCCUUGACGAACCACAAAGCGAUGUCCAAGUUGAAUCCAUACGCAAUUGUGACGAAGCGAACGGCCGUGUUGAAGGAGGAAGCAGUUAAACAAAAAGCUGACAAAAAGAGGGUGUUGACCUUGACCCGCCGUAAGCAGAUGGUUGACAAGGCCAAGAAGACCUUAGCGGACAAGGCCAAAAAAGCUGACGGUCGAUUGAAAGCUCGCCUAGAAAAAUUUAACAAGCGUGCGGCAAAGAAGAAGGAAAUUAGGAAAAAGAAUGCUAUCGAGGCCGGAAAAAAGAAAAACUCCACCCCGAAAAAGUAAAAUUUUGUUGUUGAAUUUUUACUUUGAAAAAUUAAACUAAAUAAAAAAAUUUUCAAGAAAAA